CCCUCAAAUCCUAGGGGUUCGUCGGAAAUGCGUCGGUAUAUACCGACAGAAUACCGACGGACAUUAUCAACUUAGAGAGUUUCGGUUUUUUACAAAUAUGAUUUUUUUUGCACUUGUAUUAAAUAUCAUAUAUAACAUCAGACAACAAAUCUACCCAUUGUAUUCUCACAGUUUUAAAACUUUGAACAUGACAUAUAUAUAUAAUCAUUCAAUCAAAACCAUAUAUAAUAAAUGAAUCAAAACCGUUCGAACAACAUCAUACACUUUUAAGUUGGCUUGUGCCAGUUCUCAGAAGUUGUAGCACUCAAACAAAUCUAGAACAUUUUUUUAGAAUGUUUUAUGAUUAUAUAACAUAAUAUAUUGGUUUUAGAAAGUUUUAUAACAAAUAUAAAUAAUUUCGACACCCUGUGUAAACUCUAAAACUUAAUCCGUCGGUAUCUCGUCGGAAUAUUCCGACAAAUUACCGACGGAAUUAACUAUACCGACGAAGAACAGACGGAUAAGGUCGUCGAUAUUUAAAAAAUUACACGGGUCAAGCUGUACCGCGCAAAAUUUUGGUAAACCGCCAAUAUUAAAAAACCGACGGAUUUCCGACGGGUAGAUAAAAUACCGACGGAAAAAACCCGUCGGUUAUCCGUCGGUUCAUUAAAUGAAUACAUAAGAGAAAAUCUCUUCUUUUUCCUCAUUUCUUCCCCGUUUUCUCUCUCUCUCCGCCCAGCCCCUCCUCCUCCCUCGCGAUUUCCGGCGAUUCCCUCCUCCUCCCUCGCGAUUUCCGACGUAAUCCCCCAAAUUCGACCUCCUCUUUCACCCAGUCAUGGAUGAACCACCUCCUCUUAUAGUUAGACGUCGUUUUCGCCGGGGUACUUCUUCAGUCACUCAGAGUACGUCACCCGCUAGUAGCCCAGUUGCAGCUACCACUCCUCCAGCAGCCCCCACCCCUCCAGCAGCCCGCACCCCCCCUUCUGUAGCUUCCGGCCCUUCUCAAAGUUCAAGAGGAGGAGGAUUGCCUACUACGAUGACUGUUGCGGAGUUAGUUAGGCAACCUGGCCGAGAAUCGCUUCAGCGCCUUGAUCCAAAUUAUCUUAUUGUCCCAAACACCACUUGGUUUGAUUUGUCUGGCAAUGGUAUCACCAACAGCCUUCUUAGGAUGGAGUACACGAUGCUAAAGCGUGGUUAUCCAACUUUCUAUGACAUGCCUGCAGAAGAUCAAGAACUUUGGUUUCGGCAAUUUGCGCAAGAGUUCACUUGGGAAUCAGGGAUUACCGAACAAGUGAAAAUUGUUUUCCGCCGCAAAGCAGCUUCGCACUACACCAAGCGGAUCAAUGAGUGGAAGCAAAAAUUCGAUGUUGGUGAGGUCCCGAAGCACAUCAACCCAGACGUUUGGCGGGAUUUGUGUGGUCAUUGGACGAAAGAUGAGACAAAGUCUUUGUCGACAAUCAACUCGCAAAAUCGGUGUAGCAGCCGUGGCGGGAAAGGGAUGUUUGUCCACAACUUAGGGGCAACAAGUUUACAGACCCGAGCACUUCAGCUAAUGAAGGAAAACGGUGGAGUUCCCGUAGAUGAUUUUACCCUGAUGAAGAAUGCCUAUACCAACAAGAAGACUGGCGUGAUUCAGGAUGGACUUAUUCAGGACGUAAUCCAGGUCGUGGAAAAUCGAAAAGAGGAUCUCCUCGCGACUCAAGCUUCUAUGUGUGAAGAAGGCGAUUCUGCAUCUUCCAACUCCUUAACCGUAGAGCAACUCAACAACCUUGUUCUCGAGGCUGUUCCAAGGAAAAAGGGCCGUUAUGUUGGAUUGGCUCGUUCGACCGGAGGGGCUUCUUCUUCUUCUUCAGCUCACUAUCCACUGGUUCAUGAGCUUAUGGAGCAGAUUAAGACCAAAGAUACGGAGAUUGAGUUCCUCAAGAAUGACAAUGCUGAAAUCCGGGUUGAGCUGCAGCAAAACCGAACGACUAUGGAGCAAAACAAUGUUCUCACCCAGACCUUGUUGCAGAAGUUUAGGAGCCGAUUCGGUGAAGACUUUUAGUUGUUUUUUUAAUUUUCAAAAACUUUUUAUUACUUUUCAUAACUUUAAUGUAUAAUAAUGUUGAAUUUAUAUAUCUAUAAUGUUUUUAAAUUCUAAAUUAUCAAUUUUUUCCUGAAAUUAAAUAAAGAAUUAUAAAAAUUGUUUUUUUUUAAUUAAAAAAGGAAAACCGACGGAUGAAGUUUUCCGUCGGAAUUUCUACAUAUUUCCGACGAAUAUGUUCCGUCGGUUUUUUUCUAAAAAUUCCGACGACACAUAUCCGUCGGUUUUUUCAGAAAAUUCCGACGAAUUCUCUUCGUCGGUAUUCUCUAUAAAUACCGACGAACAUAUUCCGUCGGAAAUUUUAGAAAAUUUCCGACGAAACAUAUCCGUCGGUUUUUUCAGAAAAUUCCGACGAAUUAUCUUCGUCGGUAUUCUCUAUAAAUACCGACGGAUGUGUUUCGU